AUGACCACGCCUGGGGAGCAGCAGUUCUAUUCUGUUGCUCUCAUGGACGCCCUCAUGGCAGAACUCCCUUGCGACUGGGUCGUCGGCCUCCUAUACGAUAUCGCGUGUCAAAUACAUCUCAGCGCUGUCAAGCAUGGCCUAUUCGGCGCCUAUCUGGACCGCCUUCGCUUUGCAGUCGCCGUCUUCCACGCUUUCGGCCACGACUGGCCAUGCCAGCUCAUCUACCAUCCUCGAAAAUGCGUUGGCUUUGGGCUCACGGAUGGAGAGGGGUGCGAGCGGUUCUGGUACUCCAUCAGCAAGUUGAUCCCGUAUCUCCGGGUGGCGGGCUUCCACCUGCGCAAGUACACCUUAAACGCGCAAUUUGCCUUUGCCACAAAAGAUGCCAUCAAGGGCCUGGGCGCCUGGCUUCGUUGUAAGGAUGUACGGCUGGCGGAAAAGCGCAACGAGGCGCGCACUUUACUCAACGAGGCUGGCGAUGUGGCAGACGACGAGUCUUUCAUCCGCGGCCAGUGGCGCGCUCAAGUCGCUGAGCAAACGAAGCCGACUCCGAAGCAAAACAAGAACCUAGGUCGCCAAGAAAUGACGCGGGCAUUGGAAAUGCACGAGGACGUCGAGCGAGCCGCCGCCGAAGUGGAGGAGCUCAAGGCAACACAGGUGACGGGUGACCUGGAACACACGGCCGCCCUCCGGGCUGCGGAAGCGGCGUACGCCGCUGCUAAGGCUCGCUACGAUCGCAAGCGCCUCCAGUUGGGCGUAUCGGCACGCGCCGAGCUCAGCAAACUCGUCAACGACAAAAUCCUCCACCGACGGGCCAAUGCUCUGGUUUUGCUCCGACGCGCCCAGGUCGGCAUCAUGAAGCGCAAAAUGGAAGUCGAGCGCGUGGUGCGUUCACACCGA